AUGCGCGACGAAGUAGCAUCUUUCAUCUACAUCACAGGUGGAAUAAAUCGUAAUAAAUUUGCACAAAUUCCCGAAGCGCACGCCGAACGGCAUGGCGCCUGCGCCACCAAAUGCCCCUACGCUGGUGAUGCGCCGCAGCGUGACACCUCUGUGAGCCCCGGCCCGUUGGAAGGCCCGCAGAGAUUGAUCACGCGCGACAGCAUCCCAGUGCGCACUCGCCCCUUCACCGAGAGCAGUAGCCCGAUACGACAGCAGUCCGUACGACCGGCAGCCGAAAAACGACAGCAACGACCGAACACGAACCGCUUCGCACCUCUACCGGCCCAGAACCAAGAUGCCGACGACGCUCUCGCAGACGCCGAAGUCCUCAUCGCGGAAGCCCAGAACCAACUCGACAUACGCGCCAGCAUCCUACGCGCGUACUCACAGGCAAUUGCAAAAUGCGCUGAGCAAUUCUCUUCUGGAUACGGAAAACGCUUUGCGCAGCACAUCCGCUCGACGAUCUUACAGCACUGGUCGGCUGCCUCCUAUCGCGAAGCGUCGCCAGCCCCUGACCAUGCCGCCAUCUUAGACAGCGUGGAGAAAACCCCGCGCACAGCACCACUCGAUAAAACAGUGACCUUUGCCGGCGUCACGCGCGCCGCCAACGAGACGCAACCCGGAAAUCGCAAAAUCACGCCCAAGGAUGCCCCGAGACGUAAAGCGCAAACACCAAGAAAUAAUAAGAGGGUUCUUAUCCGUCUCCGUAAGGACUCGAAAUUCUUCGGCAAAUCACUCCAGAUUCAACUGGCAAUACGCGACAAGCUACACUUGCAACUAGCAGACCUCCUGGACAUGGAAGAAACCAACACGGGGUUUGCCCUAGCCCCUUCGACCAUGGCUAUCCAGCAAAAGAUUCUUCAGAACCAGCAACUUUGGGGUUCCCUGAUUGGGCUUGAGAUCGCGGAAAGGGACAUUGAAUGGCACACAUACCUUAUCAAGCAUUUCCCGCGGACAAUCACGUCAUGGGAUGGCACAGAACUCGACUACAAGCAAACUGUUGAAGAAGCCAUCAAGGAGCAAACUGGACUUCACCCCAAACAAAAAGUCUGCGGAAACUGUGGAAGCCGCACCCACGACCGGGAAAGCUGCAAAGCCAACACCAGAUGCGUAGGCUGCCACGGCCCACACGAUACAGGCUCAUCAGAAUGCUUCGCCCUCCCAAAACGCACCGCCCAUGGAACCCGUGCUCUUUCCAAGACAGAACAUAACUACGCCAUCCGGCAAGGCAAAUCUGCGUACGAGCGAUGGGAGCUCUCGCAACAACAGUCCAAGCCCACCGAAACCACGAAGGGCCCGGCGGAGAACCAGGACACGGGUGACGUUGAAAUGACCGAGGUAGAAUACACUGAGCCAGAGCUACAGAACACUAUAACCACUGGAGAACAGACCGACCAAGCUCAAGAUGCGCCACUACUCGACAGCCACGAGAACAUUGAACAAACAACGUCCUCACUCACAAAUAUUAUCGAGACGGCAAUUUGGACGUGCGGUCAUCGCCAAAGUAACCACAAGGCCGGGAAAAACCCCUGGUGGAACGAGGAAUGUGCAAACACGCCCCUAGACUUCCGGGUGCUCUGGCUUCGCCGGGCUAAGCGGGACUUCUGGCGUGGGAUCAUCGCGAGCAUCACAGCACCGGAUGACGUCUAUAAAGCCACACGCUGGCUAAAGCCUCGCCAGCGGAUAUCCCCACCCCCCAUUCGGGUUGGCGAGCAGAUAUUCUCGACCAACAAAGACAAAGCUCGAGCCCUUGGCCGGGCCAGACUCACACGGCGCUCAGCUAGCGACGAUAUCGCCGACCCUUGGUCUAUUCCUGUCACACCGGAAACCUCAAUUCCCUUUGACCAAAAACUCUCCUACGAAGAGACACGAUUCGGGCUCCUUAGCACAGGCAACACCUCCCCUGGCGCCGACGGUAUUACAGUACACAUGCUUCAGAAACUCUGGCCAAUAUGUCUCCGAGUGGAGGAACUGAUUCCAGUGGUGGAGCAGGGACCUGGUGAAGUCGUUGCAACGGCAUAUUCCGCAAAGGUCCAAGGCAUCAAGCAGGUCUGUCGGGCUGGCAAGCGCGCCAAAAGUCGUACAAAUAAAAGCACUUGGAAUGAGGCGCGUGAACCUGACGAAGAGAGAGGCGAGAAAGCUCGCGAUAGCUCGUACCACGAGAUUUGGUACUGCAAGCACUGUGGAUCCGCAAAAAAGCCACACUCCAUUACGACAAACCUAAGCCGAGCCCGCAAGCACCUCCGGGACUUCCAUGGCAUCCGGGUUCCAGAGCAGGCUGAAAGGUCCCAUCUACAGAAACAGCAGCAUGGCACCAUUACGGAUAUGUUCGGGAGGCAGGAGGAGCGCCAAGCCAAUCGAGACAUUGACGAGGAGACGUAUUUGACGAAUGCGAUCAAUGUCCCUGCUUUCGAGGAAGCACUCGCUAGGCUCCUUGCAGUUCGCAAUAUCGCCCACACUUUUAUCGAGUAUCCCGAAUUUCAAGCAGUUAUACUCUCGUGCAACUAUAUGGCUCGAGAUGUCCUCCUACGCAGCCGCAGGGCGGUCCCGAAACUUCUCGAAAAGACUUACGCUCAACACAAACAAGGUCUCAGCGAGAAACUGCAUAACUCUCUCUCAUCUAUGGUCCACUUCACCAUUGUCAUGUGGACCUCGUCGGAACAAAAGGCAGCAUAUCAGGCAAUCGUGGUCCAUUUUGUAGACGCGGAGACGAGAGAAGUCGCCCAAGCGCUACUGUCUCUGCGUGAGUUCAAAGGAAGCCACAGUGGGGAGCUGCAAGCUAAAACUUUCCUGGAAGUGGUCAAAGAGUACGACCUCGGCAGAAAGAUUGGCUAUUUUACAAUGGAUAAUCACGAGGCCAACGAUACCAUGCUCGACGGCGUCGCGGAAGAGAUUGAAGGAUUAGAUCCGGUCGCCAGGCGAUUGCAAUGCAGCGGCCACGUUAUGAACCUGAUCGUUCAGGCCUUCCUCUCCCGGAGCAAGGCAAAGAAGAUCCAAGAGGACGAGCAGGAGGGAAUUGACGAGGCGUCUAAGAUUGGCAAGGCCUUGCCGAGGAACAAUGAUACACGUUGGAAUUCAUGGUUUCGCCUCAUCGACGUGGCUAUUGAGAGACGGACAAAGCUGAUGGACUGGAUUGAAGAAAAUCAUGCCAAAAUUGAGAAAGAUGCAUUGGGUCACAGCGACUGGGACGAGCUCAAGGAUAUUCAGGCGUUCUUGCAGGUCUUCCACCAGAUAUCAGUACGGCAGGGCCGGGAGAAUACACUCGACGAAGUCCUCGCUCACAUGGACUUCCUACAUGAACACUUCACGCAGACUAGAAACCGGGCUUCCAGUAAUCCACGCUUUUACGCUCGAUUUCAUGUGGCCUGGCUGAAGUUCGAGAAGUAUUACCAGCUUACCGAACAGGCGCCCGUUGGAAGAGGAACCCAGGCUGGGUUCCUCUGGGUUAGCGGUGCUGUAAAGGCCGUAAGAAAGAUUUGGCUGACGGAGUACAAGGCUUAUCAGCUCCCUGAUAAACAACAGGAAAAUAGUCAAGAACUCGACGAGUUUGACCGCUGGAGGCGGAAGGUAUACUGUACAACGAGUGAGGUGAAGGACGAAUUCGACCGCUUCAUUGAUAGCUCACAGGCUGCAAUUGGACAACAGAUUGCCUUGCAAUGGUGGCUCGAACCGACUCAGCGAGAAAAUUUCCCCUUACUCUGCCGCAUGGCUAUUGACGUAUUCUCCAUUCCGCCAAUGUCAACGGAGGCAGAGCGAAUCUUCUCUGGCACAAGACGGCAGGUGACGUGGGAUAGAAGUAACAUGUCUGCUAAAAUGGUGGAGGCCUGCGAGUGUAUCAAAAGCUGGAUUAGUGUUCCAAAGGGAAAGGGAAGACCGCUUCUCGCUGGGGUGUUCAGGCGAGCAGGAGAUGUUGACGCGGCUGUGAGAAUACUACAAGAAGAUAUAGAGAGAAGUCAAGGGGAGAAAAGUAAUGGCGGACCCGAGCACACCGGCACGGUAGUACGGAGGAACCGCAUCCUCAUCUUCUGCACGUAUGGCAUCAAAAUCUUCUUUGACGCUCUCAAGUUUGGUGAGCAGGAAGUCCAUGGCAUAGAGUACUUGCCACACCGAGCCCUGGCCACCCUCGCUGCCCUCGCCAUCUGUACAGUUUUGUAG